CAAAAAUGGCGGCUUCCCAAACCAGCCUCGAUACCGUGGCCUUCCUCGAUGCCCAGAUCGCCUCUCUCAAUGAAGAGAUCGAGUCCCUGAGACGCAAGCGAUCGGAGCUUGAGCAGCAACGGAGCAGCAUUCUGAGCUCGUUGCAGUCGCUGCCUCCAGCCCCCAAAAGCGCCGCCAGCCAAGCCGUCGACUAUGAUCGCGAAGACUUUGCGUGGUCCAGGGGCGCCGGCGAGACUGCCAAGAAGAUCUGGGGAAUUGACGAGUUCCGACACAACCAGAGAGCCAUCAUCAACGCCGUUCUCUCGGGCCGAGACGUCUUUGUGGUGAUGCCAACAGGCGGGGGCAAGUCGUUAUGCUUUCAGCUUCCGGCCGUCCUCCGAAGCGGACUGACGGUAGUGAUCUCGCCGCUGAUCUCCCUGAUCCGCGACCAAGUGCUGGGACUGGAGGAAGUCGGGGUGUCUGCCAAAAUGCUCCAUUCAGGAACAAGCAAAGACGAGACCAAGUCAAUUCUCGACGGCGUGGGUGGAUCGGACUGUAGCUGGGAUGCUCGCAUUAUCUAUGUGACACCCGAGAGAAUUGCCAAGAGCAAGCGAUUUAUGACGGCGCUGGAGAAGCGCUAUGGUAUGGGGAAGCUGGAUCUCCUCGUCAUCGACGAGGCACACUGCUGCAGUCAAUACGGGCAUGACUUUCGGCCGGACUACAAAAAACUUGGUAUUCUCAAGACCAUGUUCCCACAGACGCCGCUGAUCGCGUUGUCGGCCACAUGUCCACUGUCGCUUAUGGAUUCAGUUCUUUCGAUUUUGAACAUGAAGCCAAUCGACCCAGUGACCGGAACAUUGCUCUUUUCGUCACCUUUGCACCGCAAGAACCUCAGUUACUCCAUUCUGCCAAAGGCCGUCUCGUUCAAGGAUCAGCUUGCCCAGAUGGCCGAGUAUAUCCUGGUCAACCAUAAGGACUCAUGUGGGAUUGUGUAUUGCUUGUCCAAAAAGGACACCGAGCAGGUCGCCGAGGGGCUACGUGGCGCUUCCGGCGGCUCUCUCAAGGUCGGUGUCUAUCACGCCGACCUCGACGAUAGAAACCGCGAUCGCAUCCACUUUGAGUGGAAGCGUGGAGCCAUCAAGGUUGUUGUUGCCACCAUUGCCUUUGGGAUGGGCAUCAACCAAAAGAACGUCCGCUUCGUCAUCCAUCAUACCAUGUCCAAGUCGGUCGAAGGGUACUACCAAGAAUCUGGCCGAGCUGGCCGUGACGGGAUGCCGGCCGACUGCAUUCUCUACUACCGAGGCCAGGACGGGCCCCGUCUGAGUUCGAUGGUUCUUCUUGAAUACGAUGGACUCAAGGGUGUACACGCUAUGCUCAAAUACUGCGAAGACACCUCGACCUGCCGAAAGCUGCUGAUGGAUCGAUACUUCAACUUGUCUCAAGAUGCACUUGGUGCGUCGCUUCCUUCGCCACUAACUCAUCGGUCCAAGGCGGAGCGACUGGACGAAUGCGGCACUUGCGACCACUGCUCGAUGAAGCAAAGGGGAUUCCAAGUUGUGCGAACCGACGUCUCCUCUGAAGUUGCUGCAGUCCUCAUGAUUUUGACGGCUCUCCAGGGAUCGGACGAGAAAGCAACGUUCUUGAGGCUUUUGGAACUCUGGCGUGGAGUAGGCAAAACAUCCCCGGCCGUGGCUGCUUUGGCUCGCGAUGGACAGCCCGGCUUCCCUCCUCCAAAGACGCUCUCAAAGGAUGACCAAGAACGGAUUAUUAUCCAGAUGCUGCUCCAGGGUCUCAUCAAAGAAGACUUCCACUUCACGCCGUAUUCAACGAUUGUUUACUUUAGGAUCUCAGAGAGGGGCAAGCUGCACAUCAUGUCGGCAUCACAGGGACUGCCCCACGGCGUGUUUGAGAUCGAGACCUUGGUUGAUCCACGAGCCCCUGUCUCGGGGAAAGAUGCUGGGGCGAAGCGCCGGAGAUCGACCAAAUCGGUACUCGAGGACAGUGCGAGCAUUGUGGCUGUGCCUGUCGAUAUGGUCGCCGAAUGUGCAGGGACUCAGCCCCGCUCCAAGAAGGCCAGGACUCGGCUCUCUGGUCGCGACGGGCUGACUGUCAGCACUACAAGCAGCCCAGAAUGCAUCACGAUCAUCUCGGACGAAGACCCCUAGAGAUCCCACGCACCCAUGACAAGCGGUUUGUCAGGCGACUAUCGUGCAAAAGAUGGCAUUUAUGUAACCUCUGGAAUGUCGGCCGCUUGAGCUUGCGCCUAGCGAACAUAGCGAGCCGAUAUAGCAAUCCACAGGCGUAGCAAUCUUGCAUAUGAGCGAAGCGAGCUUGAGAGUAGCAGUGAAUAAAGCUGUCUGCCGUGAGUUUUUGAAGCGGAUGCAGCUCUCGGA